AUGGUUGCUUGGUUUGAGUGCACAACGACUAUUGAUGAUGUUGUGCACGGUUCUGGGUGGUAUUAUAUAGGUUGCGGUGUGUGCCAUACUAAGGCAACCAAAGGGUCUACAACGCUUAUGUGUAAGAAAUGUGGGAAAAGUGAGAUUGUUGGUGUAGCACACUACCUAUCGAAGCUCUCUGUUUAUGACCACAAUGAUCAAGCCGUAUUUGUUGUCCUUGGUGAUGUUGGUGAGGAGUUGACUGGAAAGAAAGCUGCUGAGUUAGUUGAGAGAUAUUACCAGGCCAAUAAGAAUGUAGGAGAGGAUCACUUAGUUCCAGUGCCUCAAGCUAUGAUCGAUGCCAUUGGACAGAUAAGGAAGUUCAUUGUGAAGGUAUCAAAUCACAAUUUGACUGGCAAGACUCAUACUUUGACUGUGACAAAGAUGCUCCCUAUUGAAGCCCCAACACCCAAAAUCAACUUAGGAGAGAACGUUGAUGAGGAAACUGAUAAUGAAAGGGAUGAUCAUGCAGAUGAGGCGGUGAAAAGGUGUGCUGAUGGGAUUGAGUCAGAAGGUGCCAAGCGUGCCAAAUGUGGCUAA